UAUUCAAAUGAGCUGUGCUAUAUGUUUCUACAGACCAAGUCGCGCUUCAGUUUGAGUUGACUCGUGGUGAUGACACUUUGUGGGACUGGGGAUAUAUUCUAAACUAUGACAACACAAAGUGGAACGUCUGGAUACUGGAAGUGAUGCAAGGCCAAGAAUACUUACAGAUGGCAGAUCAACAUGAUGCUGCCGAGUUCGAAUGUUUGGACACAGAAACCAUUCUGGAAUGGCUGACUCAAAGACAUAAGCAUAAACGCCCAUAUGGUUACAUUGGAGAUUCACUCGUGGCAGUGAAUCCGUGUCAGCGACUGGAUAUCUAUAGUCAAGAGGACAAUGAGAAAUACACCAACCUGCGGGUGCGGAGCCAGCAGCCCCCUCACAUCUUCUGGGUGGCUGACCACGUGCACCAGUCCAUGGUGGAGAGUCAGGAUGACCAGUGCGUCGUGGUGUCCGGGGACUCAGGCGCCGGCAAGACAGAGUCCACCAAAUACAUCCUCAGCCAUCUGGUCAGGCGGGAGAGCACCAAGUCAGACCUUGUGGAAAGACUAGAACGGGUCAACCCUCUUCUGGAACUCUUCGGAAACGCAGCAACUGUUCUGAAUUCCAACUCCAGCCGUUUUGGAAAGCUUGUUGAGCUGGAAUAUGAGUCGACGGGCUGCCUUAGUGCCGCUAAAAUAGAAUGUUUUAUCCUCGAAAAGUUCCGAGUAACAAGUCGGAACCGCCAUGAAAAGAACUUCCACGCCUUCUACGCCGUUUUCGCCGGGAUGCCCUCUCGCAGACUUGAUGCCCUCAAUCUUGAAGCUAACGCUGCGUUCUACAGGAUACUCCGGUCGGAUGAUGGUUCUGAUGACGUGUUUAACAGCGUGGAGGAGCAGAAAAAAUACAAGCAAUACUUUCUGGAGCUUGAAGCCAUGUUACACGAUGUCGGCUUCACAAAAGAGGAAGUGGACCAACUGUACAAGGUGUUGGCCGCCAUCUUGUUGAUCGCCAACAUUGAGUUCGACCAGGAUGAGGAUGGCAAUGGCCACGCCGUCAUCUCAGAGUUUUCAGAGGACGAUUUGAUCAAAGCGUCGGACCUUCUCGGCCUGAGCGGGGAGGAAUACGACGACUUGCAGGAAGCCCUGACCUGUGUGAAGAGCAGAGCUGGAGGCGAGGAAAUGUUUCGAUACAAGUCCCCACGCCAGGCUAACGACGGGCGGGACGCUGUCUCCAGGGAGCUGUAUUCCUCUCUGUUCUAUGGCAUCAUCGACAAGAUCAACCAGAAGCUAGCGGGCUGUGUCCAGCCUCAGAGGAACACAUAUUACCAUUUAGAAAGCAAGAACACGUGCAUUCGUAUCCUGGACAUCUCAGGUUUUGAAAACGUCGCCCACAACGGCUUCGAGCAACUCCUCAUCAACGCUGCCAACGAGCGACUACACUCCUACUUCCUCAAGCACACAUUCUGUAGAGAGAGGGAUGAGUACGAGCAAGAGGAAGUUGACCUUAUCCACGUCAGCUUCAAAGACAACACACCAAUACUUGAACUCAUAUUCAAGAAACCUCACGGAAUCUUCCCCCUCGUUGAUGACCAGUUGUCGAUCCCCCAAUCCAGUGACAAGACGUUCCUGGAGACGGCAAACCGCUACAACAACGAGAACGACAAGUACGUCGUGUCAACCUCAGUGAAGUCACAACUACUUUUUGGAAUCAAGCACUACGCUGGACAGGUGAUGUACAACGCCCAUGGGUUCCUGGAGAAGAACAGCGACACCCUUCCCAACAAUCUUAAAGGAGCAAUUGAGGAGAGCAGCAAUAUCUUUGUCCGGGACUACUUUCUCCUCGGCAGCAGAACGACGUUGUCUACAACCAGAGGGGGGCGAAGUUCACUGCGCCUGAAAGGAAACCGAAGUCGAGGCGCUAUCCCAUCAUCGUUUACCAACCCCAGUUCUGGCAGUAGUACAGGGCGCUUGACAGGCCGGGUGACGGAACACUUCAAGACAUCCCUGGACCAUAUGAUGACGAAGCUGAGUACAGCCAAGCCAGUGUUCGUGAGAUGUAUUAAACCUAACCUGGCGCUGAAACCCAACAAGUUUGACAGUGGGCUUGUCCGGGAUCAGCUGCAGUGUAGUGGGCUCCUGGAGGUGGCCACUGUCCGGAAGGCAGGUUAUCCUAUCAGGAUCCCAUACAUCGACUUCGCUGAAAGGUAUGCGGUUGUCAUCGAGGACAUGAAGAUAGAAGGGGGUGCCAUGCAUCAGUCGAAGGCCAUUGUUGAUAAAGCCAGGAUUACAGACCAUCAGUUCGGCAAGACUAAGAUGUUCCUCAAGAUGUACCACAAGGAUGACCUUGAGAGAAUAGUCGCUCAGAAGAAAGCCGAAAAAGAGGCUGCAGCAAAGGCCGCGAAAGAGGAGGAGAGAAGAAGGCGCGAAGAGGAGAAGAGGGCCAGAAAUGCCCAACGGACACCUAGUGGUCAAUCUACCGACAUGGACACCUCCGUGUAUGGCUCUUUUAAGGGAAGCACUAUGCACGACACCUUCUCAGAAUCAGGUGUAGGCACUGAAUCCACUACCCAAGACAGUCUAGGUGACAUCAUGGAAGAAGAAGAAGAGGAAGAAGAGGAGAAUAAUGAAUUGAAAAAAGCCUCAUCUGAAGACAAUCUCAAAGAUCAACCAUCAUACAUGGCGUUCCGAAUGACUGAGAGGGACUUUGAGCACAAUAAUGACUUCGAGAUGAAAGUGAGGCGAGCGUGUCGAUUCAUCCUGUACAUCAUCUUGUCCAGCACCAUACUGACCACUGGCAUCGCCACUGUCAUCAGCGCUAUCUGGAUAGCUCAGGCAGAUGCAAAGGGAGAGGACAAGUCUUACAAUGGCACCAUGACAAUGCUGUGUCAGCUGUUCCCCGUCAUCGUCAUGUGGAUCUCCUGUUUCAUCAAGUCUUGUUUCGGAAGGAAGGAGUGGCCCACGAUCCGCGCCAUCAUUGGGAUAUGUUUCGUGGACGCCCUUCAGUGCGUGGGGAGGUCUCUCUUCCUGUAUAGGGUAUUACCGGGCAUGUCUUCCCUCGAGGGGGGUCAUUCUCAGCAUGGCAGUAUUACAAGUGCCCGGGUUUUUCAAAAUAAUGACUCACUGUUUCCAGAAAGGGAAAGCGCACGUGGACCUGUAGACUUCUUGUACAGAAGUUCGCUUUCGCUCUUCCGCUUGCUUAUAAUCCCCGUCGCUUCGGGUGUGAUUGCGGGAAUGUGCAAACCAACCGAUAAACACCAGUUCUGGUCCAACCCUGACAUCUGCGACCCAAGCUCUCUCCAGUUCGGACAAGAUAUGUACUUCAUGUGUGCUAUUGGUAUAGCCUUAUGGAUGUCUUACCUCAUAUUUUCCAACCACAUUUGGCAACCAGACUGCGAACGAAUGGCUAAACUUGACAGGUUAUUCGUCUUCAACUACCGCGAUGCCAUCUUCCCCUACCAGAGUCUAGCAAUGCUAAGACGGCAGGACAGUGAGGUGAAGAAAGAAAGACUGCACAAGGUGAAGAAGGAGGAAGAGGAGGAGACAGAGCGCCCUCUGGUGCACAUCUGCGCAACGAUGUGGCAUGAGACAAGGCAGGAGAUGGUGCAGCUGCUCAAGUCACUCUUCAGACUAGAUUUUGACAACUGCGCCAGAAGGAUAGCCACUCAGAAAUUCGCUGCGGAUAAUAACGCCAUGUUGAAGGACAACUACGAUGCAGAGAUUCACAUCAUCUUUGAUGACGCAUUCCUGACGGAUUCGGACAGCAAACAGCGUGUGGUCAACUCCUAUGUACAGCAACUGUUGGACGUUCUGCCCCAGGCUGCCCAGUCUGUGGCCAAAGGGCGUAUGGAACUGAACCCCUUUGACAAGAUCAUUACCCCGUACGGCGGGCGUCUGACCUUCGAGAUGCCCGGGGGAACGAUGUUUCAUGUUCAUAUGAAGGACAAGGAAAAAAUACGACACAAAAAGAGAUGGUCACAGAUAAUGUAUCUGUACUACCUGCUCGGACACAAGUUGGUAGGACAGGGAUAUAGCACAGUGGAAGAUCUCAUCAAGGACAAACUUACCUCCAACAAAGCCCAGGCAAAGGAACGGAAGAAGAGGAACACGCUUCGUGUUCGGCCGUUCACGUCGUUGCUCAACAACCUACCCGACGAAGUCGUUCGUAAGGCGGAAAAUGUCUUCAUAAUGACACUAGAUGGUGAUGUUGACUUCCGGCCAGACGCCGUCCGCCUGCUCAUCGAGCGGAUGAAGAAGAACAAAAAGGUUGCAGCAGUUUGUGGUCGAAUCCACCCAAUUGGCGACGGUCCCAUGGUGUGGUACCAACAGUUUGAGUAUUCAGUGGGUCACUGGCUCCAAAAGGCAGCGGAACACGUGUUUGGGUGUGUCAUGUGUUGUCCAGGAUGCUUCAGUCUGUUCCGUGGCUCCGCCCUUAUGGAUGACAACGUGAUGAGGAUGUAUGCCACAGAGCCCACGGAGGCAAGGCACUACGUCCAGUACGAGCAAGGUGAGGACAGGUGGCUGUGUACUCUCCUUCUUCAACAAGGAUGGAAAAUUGACUAUUGUGCUGGUUCAGACGCCUUCACAUACGCCCCUGAAACCUUCAACGACUUCUACAUCCAGCGUCGACGUUGGUCUCCCUCCACAAUGGCCAACAUCAUGGAUCUGCUGGGCUCCUGGCGGACAACAGUUCAGAUGAACGACAACAUCAGCACACUCUUCAUGGGCUACCAAUUCUUCCUGAUGGCCUCAAGCAUCGUCGCCCCUGGCACAGUGGUCUUCAUGAUAGCUGGAUCUUACAACGCUGUUUUGGGUGUGAAUAUGUGGCAAGGCUAUCUGAUGUCAGUUCUUCCAGUGCUUGCCUAUAUUCUCCUCUGUCUCAAGGCAAAGACCAGCACUCAGGUUCAAGUGGCCGCAGUGAUGUCUGCCCUCUAUGCUAUCGUCAUGAUGAUAGUCACAGUUGGAACUCUUAUCAACAUAGUCAACGAAAACUUCUUCACGCCCAAUGUUCUUUUCAUGGUCGGACUGUCAGUUGUGUUUGUCAUCACUGGUAUUAUUCAUCCUAAGGAGUUCAUGUGCCUGUUCCAUGGUAUCCUGUAUUAUCUGACAGUGCCUUCAACAUUUGUCUUCUUGACUGUGUUUUUCUUGUGCAAUCUGAAUGUUGUCUCCUGGGGCACACGAGAAGGACCUAAGAAGGUGGACCCAGUGGAAGAAGAGCUCCAGCUGCAAGAGGCUAAGAAAGGAAAGAUCAGAAAGUUCCUCGAUUCAUUGGGCAUUGCAUCACUUAUAGAAGACGUGAAAUCCUUCAUGUUUCAAAUCAUUGGUUCAAAAAAUGAGAGGGCAACUCCUUUGCAAGGUCUCACACCACAGACAUCAACAACCAACCUGAACAAAAUUGAGGCAGCAAGGCCAUCGCGACCGGUGAAGAAGGAAAAGGAGAAAAAGGUCAUUCAGGACCCAACAUACUGGAUAAAAGCACUGGAUGUUGACUCCAAGAAAAGUGAACCGAAAUACCUUGACGAAAAUGAAGUUCGUUUUUGGAAAAAUAUCAUCAACGAAUUUCUUCUUCCCAUGAAGUCCAAUAAAGAACAACAGGAGAAGAUAAAGGCUGAUCUUCUUUCUGCAAGGAACAAUGUUGUGUUCGCCUACUUCCUCCUCAACUUGAUGUUUACUCUGGUCAUCCUCCAGCUUCAACUUAAGCAGGAUCUUCUCAAGGAGACAUUCUUCAUCGAUGGGAAAUAUGAGCCCGUGUCUGUGGUUUUCCUCAGCUCCUUCACCCUCCUGCUCUUGAUCCAGUUCACCGGCUCCGUCGCCCAUCAGUGGGGAACAUUCCUGCAUCUGAUUGCCAGCACAAGAAUCAAUUGGUUCAGGGCAAAUGAUGAUGAACGCAAAGCCGUUGAAGCUAUUAAGGAGGUUCAGAAGCUUCAGACACCUUUUGUGGGUGCUGAUGACCUACUGCCGGACUACGACGACGAUGAUGAUGACUACGAUUUCUCCGUGAACUCCAGGAGAGAGUCGUUAGCAGGUGCGGAGGAACCAGAUUACCCAAGUGAUGACGAUGAACCUGCUCCCCAUGUGUCCCAGUAUGAAAGGAACUUUCAGAGGAAUUUUAGAACUGUUCGAAGACAUUUUAAUCACAAUACGCGAUACCAUCCAAGACCUCAGAUACCAACUGUGUCGCGUAAUUAUAGAGACUAUGCCUUCCAAAGGCGUCAAGACUUAUAUCGAAGCAUUGGGAGAAGCAGUCCACGCGAGGAAUAUACCAACCAUGCUUACAUUGUGUGAAAUCACCAUCCGUUUGUGUAACCUUAAACACGACAUUAUUAUUUAUUUCUCAGUUGUUGUGAGAGUUGUUGUUUUAUUGUAAUGGUGGCUGAUGGGUGGGAGGACUAUCACUGCAGUGACAAUCAUAUUCGGAUUACAAAUGAACGUUCAUGGCCUGAAUCAUAUGUUAAUGAUGAAUGUGAAUCAUAUGUUAUUUUACCACUGUAAAUAGGAUUGUUUACUGAUGCUGAUUAUUGUUAAAGAGUAACUAUGACGUAAUGUCUCGUGCCUGUUUCCAGACAAGGCCAAAACAUUGUUAUUAAAGUCCCGUUUGAGUGAGUGAGUUGAGUUUUAUGCUGCGUUCAGCAAUAUUUCAGUUACACAGCGGCUGUGGCAUCAGAAAGGGUCAGAUUCUUGGUUAUAGGAGUAACAUACUCA